AUGAACUUCAUCAGCGUGCUGUCCUGCCUCGGCCUGCUGCUGGCAGCUGCCGUCGCCCAAGAUCCUAAACCCUGCGUUGCUCCACCGCUGAUGAGUGGAGGCAUCUCUGUGAUGAGUGGCGACGGAAGCUACAUGUCAACAGGAACAAUCAGCUUCGAUGCUUAUGGUCAGAGGAUGCGGUUUAGAAACUAUGGGAUGGAGGGGAAUCAGACCUAUGGUGUGGACCAGCUCAUGCUUUUCAGCCAGAAAGUCUAUUAUGAGAUUGACUGGAGCAAAAUGUCAUGCAAGAAAAUGAUGCUGGAUGACGCUUUCAUUCCCAUGCACGUGCCCUCUGAUGCUAAACUCAUGGCUCAGGUAUUCUUGGGCUCCUCUUCCUCCUGGGGAAUGGGUGUGCUGGUCAACAACUGGUAUGGAAGCCUGCCCAACAACAGCAAGUAUACCGCUGUGUUCACUGAGAUUGGCUGCAUCCCAAUGGUCUACAACUCCUACACUCCAGGAUCUGGAUGGAUGACCAUCAGCAUGUUCAACUGGGUCUUGGGCAACACUAAUCCUCAGGAUUACGUCCCACCUUUCAUCUGCGCCAGGGCUAAACUGGAGGAGAUGGAGACACCACAUACCAUCUUCACUGCCUUGGAGUCUCUGGCCAUGAAGACCAAGCAAGAGGAGUAAACAUGUGGAGCAUCUCACCAUGAAUAAUCACUAAUACUGCUCCUAGAGCUAAACUUUAACCAAAUGAUCCAGUAAUCAUCAAAGAAUAUAAAGGAAAUUGGAAUGGAAUGAUUAAAAGGUUUCUUUAGCCUGCUGAGCUGCUUUAU